AUGUUUAGAGCCAUAACCAGAAUAAGCAGUCCCUUCAUUGCCCUUGGAGUAGGAUUUGCCGCAUUUCCUAAGGAUUGGAGAAAAGGGAAUUUCACCAGUGAUCGUAAAUUGACCAGUUUUAAUCAAUCUGUGAUAGAACAAAUCCAAAAUACUAAUGAAUACAAGAAACUACAAGAAGAUGAAUCCGUUACUAUGCAUUACUCCAGUCAGACCUUCCCCAGUCAGCAUCACAAAAAUAGUGUAGGGUCAGGAAUACUUUUUGGCCCCAACCUUAUGGAGAUCGAUCCUAUCAUCUUUCUCAACCGUGACCAAGGGGAAUUGACAGGCUUCUACCACUUGGGUCGUAAUCUCAUCAGUCAGGACGGACAAAUUCACAACGGUGUCGUAUCUACAAUUUUGGACGAAGGAUUGUGUUCGUGCGGAUUUCCGUUAUUGCCCUCUAAGAAGGGGGUCACAGCCAAGUUGUCCAUAGACUUCAAGAAUCAAAUUCCUCCUGGAAGUACCGUCAUAUUGAGAGCAAGAGUUAAAGAGGCUAAGGGAAGAAAGGUGGUUAUUCACGGUGAUUUGGAAACUUAUCCCUUGCAGGAAGGUGAACAGCCUUUGAAAAUUGCCGAAUCCCGUUGUAUCUUGGUGGAACCAAAAUGGUUCAGGUAUUUUUCGUGGCUCCAAGUGUUCUAA